ACACACACACACACACGCACACACACACAAACACAAACACGCACAUUGUAUAUAUAUAUAUAUAUUAUAUGUACAUACGAAAACUCAUUAAAGUUAUUUUUUCCUAUUGUAUUGUUUACAGCUAAAUGGAUAUACCAAAACCCCGGGCAUGGGGGAAUAUCUUUGUAUUGGAGACUAUGUUUGUCUCUACUGCGAGGAAACUGAAGGAUAUAUCUACAGUUAUCAAUCAAGUAGUACAAAUAAUGUAGUUUACAUCUAUAACAAACAGGACAGAACCAACCCUUCGAACAUCCAAAAUCCCAGUGCCGUUGUCUUCCAAGUAUGCAUUCAAAAUCGCUACAAACUCAACAAAAAGUACCGGAAGGCUUUAUCCGCGUCGCAGGCAGAGUACGAACCUGUGGUUCCAGAUAUUGUCAAACAAGCCAAGAUGGCAGCAGAAGCCGAGGACAACGACAAUGCUUCGGAACAAAAGCGUCAGCAUGGCAAACGGGUGCGCUAUGGAGAAAUUGUUCAACUGAAGCAUCGCUUCACCAGCAAAUACUUACACAUGUGUACCACACAGACAAGCCAGCAUGACAAGAACAAUAUGAUGUUCAACGCCAAGAAUGCACAGUUCCGUAUUUUGCCCAGAUACAAAGUGAAGUCAGAAGGGGAAGUGGUGCAACUAUUUGACCAAAUUGUAUUUGAAAGUGUUAAAUCCCCAGGACAUUUCUUCCAUACCAGUGAAAAGUUCCAGAUAGACUGCAAUUUUGAAGGUUCAGAACUAAAUCUGGGAGUGGAAAAAUCUAGUUUCACACUUGUUGGCUGCUACAGAGAGGAUCUGGAAGACAAUAGAUUUGUUCGGGGAGGAUCUGUGAUUCGGUUAUUUCACAAAGAACUGGAAGCUUAUCUUGUUGCUGAAGGUCUGUUUGACGAAAUCAUCACCGAAAACGUUCAUUUUCGUAUUCGGGUCAUGGAUCAGCACCACCCAAAGACUAUGUCACCAUCAACUUCCGGAAACACAUAUUGGCAGAUAGAAUCUGAGUCGAGCAUAUUGGAUGGUGAAGUAUUAAACUGGGAGCAGCAGAUUCGCCUGCGACAUUUGGCCACUCGCCAAUAUCUGUGUAUAAACUCCAAGUCCGAGGUAUCUUUGACCACUGACCAAACCGAUCCACGCACUGUGUUCCGGCUACAUUCAGUUUUGAAGGAGAGGAAUCAAAUUCAAUUCGAAAGUUACGCAAGGAUUGAACACAUGCUGACAGGUUACUGGCUCCACGCUCUGAAAGGUAAGGAAAUACAGCAUGAUGCAGUAAUUUUUACUUUCGUAUCUUCGUCGAAUGAAAGCCAGUAUGACGAUGCCUACACUCUACAAUACGUGGAUGAUGAGGCUAUCAAAGAUUUUAAUUUUGUUGCCGGCAUGGUGCCAUUCCUUUAUAAUUUGGUCAACCGUCAUGAACUACAUUUGAAUGCAAGAAUAACACACGGUAUCAUUGCUGGGAUGAAGGAGUUGAAGGCGUUUAUCAUUCCGGAUGGGCGACCGGACAAAAAUCGACAGAAACUGAUGAGAAAUUUGAGAGUGAUCGAUCUGUUAGUAAAGAUACUGCAACUGCCACUACAAGGAGCAGAAGAUGAAAGUUAUAUGAUUCGGAUCUUCAAAGAAGCCUAUGACGUGUUACAUGCUUACAUGAUUGGAAGAAGCAGGAAGAACGCUUUGUAUUUUGCUAAAUACAUCGAUUUUUUCCAAACACAGUUCUCGCAGAAAGGUGGUAUCGGUCUGAAUGUUGCCCAGAUGAUUGUGGAACUCAUCAGAGACAAACGAAAGAUUGUGGAUCGAAUCGGGCAUUCAAACAUUGAACUGUUCAUCAAUCUGUUGAGGGAGAAUCCGAAUUACCGAUUUCUGGAUUUGCUGCAGGUUCUGUGUGUUUGUAAUGAUGUUGCCAUUCCUAACAACCAGAGUUACAUUGUCCAACAAUGGCUGCGAACAUACAAGGACAGUGUCUACCUAAUGGACCGGGGACAAAACAUCAACAGGAGGCCUAACAUCGUUUAUAUAUCAGUAGAUGGAGGAAAUACAUGGGUGCCUCUACACAGCUUCGUCAACCCUGAAAGUAACGAUUAUGUAGAAGAGAAAUACAAGUUUCUCUUACAUCAACUUGAUCUCUUCAAAGCUCUCACCUUUGGACGCAAUGAUUUUGCUAUCCAUGUGAUAACACGAGAAUAUGGCUACGUCACCUGGGAGGAUUGUUUUCUUUGCCUGCAGUCAGACUUGCUACCGGAUGCCAUCAGAGCCAAAUACUGCGAGCUUAUCAUAGUUUCGCUCGCUAGUAAUGUUAUCGACACAUCAUCAGAGACAAAUCCCAAACUGUAUGUAACGUUCAAUCGUUUCAAAGCUCCUCCUGAUUCUUCUUUGGGAACGAAUGAAGAUAUCCAGAUUGUGAAAGACUUGGUGACAAUAUUCCCAGUCUUGAGAGAUUGGUUAGCUGAAUUCUUAGCUCAAAACUGCAUAAUGACAGCUUCCUUAGUGGGGCACAACCUGUUAAUUGAACAAGUGUUGCGAUUAUUGCAAUAUUUGGUAAAGUUUGGUUACUAUAUGGACAUGGAAGAUGUCAAGCAGCUCAUGCAACCACUGCUCAGUCUCUUAGAUGGUCGCCAUGACAUUCCAUUUCCAGAAGACAAAGUCAAAGACAAAGAAAGACGGAAAGGUUAUUCGAAAGAAUCCCAAAAGCUUGUAAACCACUAUCGGCUUGAAGGAAGAUACGAGAAAUCUUCGGAAACAGAAGCCAUUGUGGAUGCCAAAUACCAAGCAAUGGAAGUCCUUGAGUUACUUUUUACAUACCAACGAAACAUACGUCUCAAAGCUUUUGUGACCAAAUUCAAAAAUAUCGAGGUACAAGCAGGUAAAAGAAAAAAUCAGAACAACUUGGAACCAUUACUCUACGAAACUUACAAACCUCAAGACCAAAGCAAAAAAAGUUUAAAGAAACAAAAGGAAAUAACUCGAGAAUUACGAGAAAUGUUCCAUAAUUCCUCCAUCUUCAACAUCGAAGACACAACAGCCAUUUUGUUGGAUCUCUCCAACUAUAAAUAUGACCAAAUGGUUGUCAAAGCACUCGAUAUCAUGAACAAGAUGUAUUCCUCACAAGAUGACAUGUUCAAACUGGCUUCACAAGCUUUGGUAUUGACCCAAGACUCUGCCCGCGUGCACAGAGAAGUACAACGUGCCUUACCCAUCCUGAGACGGUUAUCCAGAGCGAAAUUGAAUGACCAGCAAGUGAAGUUAAUGAGCAAGAUCCUUGAUGAACUGGCAGAGUUUUGUCAUUUACCUAAAACUCCAGAAGAGCCACAUUACAUGAACCAAAACAUUAUGAUCAGCCACGGUAAGGUUUCAAUUCUUUACUUCUCCAUUUGGCCCUAUUUUUCAGCCUCUGAUCAGUACAGAGGGAUGAAGACCAUUCUGGAGAAGACGUUGUAUCUAUUGAAGUUAUUAAUCAAAGAAAACAACCAAGUCCAAAGCGAAAUGUUUGAGAAACUUGACACACUUCUUGAGGUAAAAGUGGUCGAAUCACAGCUGGCCAUUGCCUUGAGGGAGGUAUUCGUAGGCAACCAGCUUACAUGCCUGAAAAUCAACUCAAGGCAAAUUCAGAAAAUAGUUAUCCUCGCUUCUGAGAACCAAGAGAAUGCACCCGAAUUCCUUGACCUUUUGCGAGCUUUGGUCAAAGUGGAAGGACUGGACGUGACCUUGAAACACAACCAAACCUUGGUCAUGAAAUAUAUCAUGCAGAACUUUAAGAAGGCCGCUUAUGUUCUCGAUCAAGACAGAGAAGUGAGAGAAAGAAUAUUGACCAACAAAACUGAAAAAGGACAUCGGACUUACUUCAUUUCACUCGUAGAUUUAUUGGCAACUUGUGCUGAGUUAUUUAUCUUUUCUGACAGAAAAAUUUGGGACUUCCUUUCCACGACUGUUCAAACUGUCAAUGAGCUGUUUGAGUCUGUCACCCGUUACCGAGAAAGGACCACUUCUUUGCUGAAAACUUAUCCAGACAAAAGUGCUAUUGCUGAUAGCAGUGACACAAGAGGAAUGGUCCACGGCAAUCUCUACUAUGUACUGGAAGGUGUACUCCCCUUCUUGCAUGUAUUUUAUAUGUUAUACUACAUGCCUGAUAAAACAUUAUUUUCAAGUGAAAUAACCAUUACAGAAAACCUUGCCAAAGGACUUGUGACGUUCUGUGAACUCAUCAGCCCAAUGCUCGUUAAACCAUUCCAUAUGAAAAAUGUAGUGUCAGCUUUAACAAGUGUCGUGUCAACCUCAAGUGUUUCAAAAACUAUGCUAAUUGGAAUCUUGGAAAAAUUUUCAAGUGAAAUAAGCUUUGAAGAUGACCAAAUAGCAGUAAGACGUGGCAACAUGGAAUAUUAUGCAGCUGAGAUUGAACUCAACGCCAAGUUCCAUACAUUUGCCAGGAAUUGUAAGAUUGUCUACUGUGGUCACAACACGGUGGCAGCACAACUCAAGUGUAAAAACAUCAAAAAUGAAUAUACAAGUAUUGGUGGCGACGAAGAACUGCCACUUGGCGAUGAGUUCCAGAGUUUUGUCCGCUGUUUUGUUGCGCAGAAUGAAAAGAAACCAACAAAGAAAUAUGCCCCGGCGAAGAAACUGGUGGAUCUUUUGGCUAUUUCCAUCAAAGCCCACACUUCAAGUCGGUCCAAAUGUGCUGCCAAUGAAGACUUGGAUAUAAAAUGCCUGCAGCUGUUGCGAGCCAUUGUCAUGAAUGAUGAAAGAAAACUUCCCGAAGAUUGGGAGACGCGUUCUUCAACACCGAAGAUAAAAAAACAAACUGAUUGCAUUCGUGAGAUACAGAACGCAAUUAAUUCACACAACGCCAUUAUUACAUCGCUGCCACAUCUUGCCCGGAAGAGCGAGGCAAUAAUACGAGAGGUGCUCUCAUUUAUUGUCAUCAUGCUCUUUAAUGCAAACCGGAAUGUGCAAAAAUCUUUGUAUGAUUACUUCCUGUCUACGAGAGAAGAGGUAUUCUUCAUGGCAGUUCGAUACAGAAUGCAGGUUUCCACAAAUUCUAUCAAAGAACACCGUUAUUUAAUGCUGCAAAAAAAGACCAGAUAUGGAGAACAACAGAACCAAGCGUCAAAUCAAGUCUCCUUCCUCUCAAUUGGUCGUAAAGCACUACAGCAAAUCCAAUUUUAUGAAACAAAACUUCGAAAUGAAAGACUAAAUGGAUGGAAUGCCCUUAAUAAAGCAAAACAACCCACUCAGGAACCCAGAUUGAAACGGAGCCUAAGUUGGAGAAAGAAAGCGGUUGACGACAGAAAAUUCCACAAAAAAAAUGCUUUACUAAGCAAUGGUACCUGGAGUCGUGAUAACGAGGCUCUCAUAAGCAAAUGUGAUAUUGAACUUUCUGAUGUUUAUAUAGAGGAACCAGUGAACGAAGGCGAACAGCAAUCAUCUGAAGAUGUCCCAGACAUAUUUGAAUACAAAGACGAUGGUUACAUUGAAUUGGUUCUCAAGCUGUUGGCUCGAAUCUGCGACGGUCAAAACACAGGAAUCCAGAACUAUCUGAGAGAACAGCCGGAUAACCUAAAAUCAUUCAACAUCGUCGGCGAAACAGCACAAUUCCUCAAUGUAGUUUACACCAACAUCAGUGAUAAAACCAUUGACCUGGUCAUACAGUUGUUCAGUACACUCAACGAAUUCUGUUCGAUUGCAGAACUGACUUUGACGCAAGAGCAACAGAAAGCUCUAAGCUACUACAAGAAGAAUUCUCAGUCAAUAGAAAUCGUGAAAGAUGACGUCCUUCAGAAAAUUAAUUUCAGAGUCCGAAACAAGAACGUCCUUCGGGAAGAAGUGAAAGAGAAGUUGAAAUGGAACGUGGACAGAUCGUCGCCAAGCAAUAAGAUCCGUGAUUUAAUGGGAUGGACAAAAGAUAUCAUGAAGGAUAUCAUGUACCAGAGGAAGAUAUUAUGUAAUCCCAUUGCCAUAUUCUUCACACAUGGAUGGCUUCUUUGGAACCACGGAGCAACCAUUCUCAGUCUGGCCAUCAACAUCUUGAUGUUGAUAACUUGGAAUUCACGGGCCUCCAUGGAAGACUAUUUAAAAAUCAACGAAAGCAACAUCGCAGAACGCAACAGAGUGUACCACGAAAUUCAGAUUCCUACUCCAGUCAUUCGGGAAAUCCAAACAAGUGACUACGACAUAAUUAUGUUAACACUAGCCAUAAUACACAAUGUGUUUUCAUUGUUUGUAUUGAUUAGCUAUCUCCUCUCCAAUCAUCCCAGAUUGCCGAGUUGGUCAGAAAUAACUACACCAAUCAGACGAGUUUGUGGUAAAGUAGAUGAGGAAGAGAAUGAACGGUUGCAAAAUAAAGACACUGUAUCGAAAUUGGAUGUGAAAUUCUUCAGUUUCAGGACAUUCUACUACGUGGCCUUUCUAGGGAUGUCCAUAGCUGGUACGUUUUAUGGCUACUUCUUCGCCUUUCAUCUUUUAAACGUUGUCAACAACAACCAGCUUCUGUCCGGAGUGAUCAAAGCCGUUACUCAAAAUGGUUAUUCUCUCUUAUGGGUGGCCAUCCUCGGAAUUAUUGUCAUCUACAUAUACAGUCUGAUUGGCUUUGCCCUGAUGCGGCACUCAUUCCGUCCGGAUGAAUAUCUUUACUGCGAUACUUUAUGGCAGUGUACCAUUACAGUUAUACGGUACGGACUCAUUGGGGACAUGUUUGAGACACACACACACAUAUACAUUUCUUGCUUCUCGUUGUAGUGGCGAGCUGAGUCUGAUAUGAAGGACACAUGCUUCAUUUGCUGCCGUAACAGCCACGACUUUGAACAUCAUGGCAAGGGUUUUGAUCAUCAUGUCAGAAAUGAACAUAACAUGUGGGCGUACAUAUUUUUCCUUAUCCACCUGGAAAGUCAGAAAAGCAGCGAUUACACAGCUUUAGAGCUUUUUGUACACAAACUGAAGGAGAAAGAAAACUUUGAUUUCAUUCCCCUUAAUCGUGCUUUGUGUCUGUCCACAUCUGAUUUGGACUCAACAGAAUCCAAAAUAGAUGAACUGCUCCAUCACGUGACAGCUAUCUCUCAUAAACAACAAGAACAUGAAUCUGAAAAGAAACGUCAAGUUGAGAAGAAACGACAACGGAAAUGGCAGGACAAGCACAGACGUAUUGUCGGAAUGAUUGUCGACAAUGAAGAAGAGAGCGAACCAUUGUUGCCUUCGAGAGCGCUCAGCCAGGACAGACAUAUCAGCGGAAGUGGCCGUCUUAACACUAUAUCAUCCCGUGUUGCCAGCAAAGAAGUAUCAAGUGACACAGACAGUAGCGCCGAUGGCGGUAAUUAUAGUAGCAAUGAAAAUGACGACGGAGAUACUGGCGCUGGAGGCGGUGGCGUAUCUAAUGUGUUUCCACCAAUACAGGAGCAGCCGUCACAACAACUGACACAGCCACAACCCGAGUCACCAUCGGCUAUCACUGGGUCCCCGUCCUUUACAUUCAGUGCGGCUGAUGAUGACGUAUACAGCGAUGGCGGUAUCAACGCUGUCGAACUGACCGAGAUGACUCCAACCCCUCCAACUGAACCAGGAAAUCUACAACAACAACAACAACAACAACCACAACCACAAAAAGUACAAAAGCAACAACCGAAAAAGAUUCAACGACAACAAACUCUACCAGAAACGUGCACGCAGUACGACACAUCAGGUGUCGAAGGGAUUCCAGAACUGCGCGAGUUGAAGUAUUUUGCUCAAGAACAAAAUGCACCACCCGAUCCACGAAUUGAAAAAACGCUCUCGCGAACGUGA